AUGCAUUUCCAAGCUUCGAUCAUCACUGCGGCAGCAUUCGCCAGCACUGCCCUCGCUAUGCCUGCUCUCUUCCCUGCGGUUAAUAACAAAGUCCCCAAAGCCUUCCUUUCGACACGCGAGCCGCAGAUGCCAGGUGGAGGAGUGACUACGCCGGCAGCUAAUGGGACGACGACCGCCGCUGCUUGCAGCAAAGAAGUCAUGGCAUUGGCAGAAGGCAUCCAAUCCAACAUCGACGACCAAAACAACGAAGUCGCCACCGUCAACGCCAUCGGCAACGUCAUGUCCCAGAGCCCCGUCGACACCACCCUCUACGCCGCGACCCAGGCGUCGCUCCUCGGUUACGUCAACAAGGGCAUCGCUAUCCGGCAGAACAACCAGAAGAUCACGCCGGUCGGCAACGGCGCCACCGCCGGCCUGGCCAUGGUCGCCAUGGCCCAGAUGGAGGAGCUGAACCUCACUAUGAGCCUCGCUAUCCCCGCCAGCGGCCAGGUCGACACCGCGACCGGGAUGAAGACCGUUGAGACGCUGAAGAAGGACUUUGCGGGGGGAAUUGAUCAGAACAGAAGAAUUUGGCGGCGGCAAUGGCAGGUUGCACGCCCCCCGCAGCUGCGAAAGCGGUCGUCCGCAGCAUCUAAGAUCCAUUCCUUCCUGCGAUGGAUCGAUGGAUAA